CAACCACUACCCACCGGGCCCCACCUCCCCACCCCUCCAACCUACCCAGCUCACCAGCUUAGCUCUCAUUUCUCUCUCUCACUAAUUAUUGGCGACGGCGGCCGGAAGAUGAUGGCGUAUAAGAGCCUGGACGGCGUUACAAUUUCCGACAUCGAAGUUCUGGGGAUCGAAUCGGGUGCUGCGAAGAGACUCCAUGGAAGUUUGACUGAUAUCAUCGCUAAUUACGGAGCCGCCACACCGGAGACGUGGCGCAAUAUCACUGCGCACGUCCUCAGCCCCGAGCUUCCCUUCUCGUUCCACCGGAUGUUGUACUACGGCUGCUACAAGGACUUCGGACCCGACCCGCCCGCCUGGAUGCCCGACCCGGAGACUGCAGGACUAACAAAUGUUGGCCAGCUACUUGAGAGGAGGGGAAAAGAGCUCUUGGGUUCCAGAUACAGGGAUCCCAUAUCCAGCUUUUCGGAUUUUCAGGAAUUUUCGGUGUCAAACCCUGAGGUUUAUUGGAAAACUGUACUACUAGAUGAGAUGAACGCAUCCUUUGAUACACCUCCCCAAUGCAUUUUACGUGAGAAUUUGUCUGGAGAUGGGCAUUUGUUAGUUCCUGGAGGUCAAUGGCUUCCUGGAGCGUUUGGGAAUCCGGCCAAAAAUUGCUUGAUUGUAAAUCGUAAGAGGAGCUUGAAUGAUACCAUGGUGAUAUGGCGCGAUGAAGGAAAUGAUGAUCUGCCUUUGAAUAAGAUGACGCUUAAAGAAUUGCGCACAGAGGUUUGGUUAGUUGCACAUGCGCUAAAAGCACUGGGUUUGGAGAAAGGCUCUGCAAUCGCAAUUGAUAUGCCGAUGCAUGUCAAUGCCAUAGUUAUUUACCUUGCUAUUGUUCUGGCAGGAUGUGUUGUUGUAUCAAUCGCUGAUAGUUUUGCUCCUCCUGAAAUAUCAACAAGGCUUAAAAUAUCAGAGGCAAAAGCCAUAUUUACCCAGGAUCUAAUAAAACGCGGCGAGAAAAGUCUGCCCUUGUAUAGUAAAAUUGUGGCAGCAGAGUCUCCUAUGGCAAUCGUUAUUCUUACCAAAGGUUCCAGUUCUAGCACGAAAUUGCGUGAUGGUGACAUUUCCUGGCAUGAUUUUCUAGAAACAGUAAAAGAUUUCAAAGACAAUGAAUUUGCUGCUGUAGAACAACCCAUAGAAGCAUUUACAAAUAUUCUCUUCUCAUCUGGAACUACUGGGGAUCCAAAGGCAAUUCCAUGGACCCUUGCAACUCCUUUCAAAGCUGCUGCAGAUGCCUGGUGUCACAUGGACAUCCGUAUAGGUGACGUUGUUGCUUGGCCCACAAAUCUUGGGUGGAUGAUGGGCCCUUGGCUGGUAUAUGCUUCAUUGUUAAAUGGAGCUUCCAUUGCCUUAUAUAAUGGAUCUCCACUUGGAUCCGGCUUUGCCAAGUUUGUUCAGGAUGCCAAAGUAACAAUGCUUGGUGUAAUCCCGAGCAUUGUUCGGUCAUGGAAAAGUACAAAUUCUGUUUCCGGCUAUGAUUGGUCUGCCAUUCGUUGCUUUGGAUCCACCGGCGAAGCAUCAAAUGUAGAGGAAUACCUAUGGCUGAUGGGGAGGGCUCACUACAAGCCUAUCAUUGAGUACUGUGGUGGUACAGAGAUUGGUGGUGGUUUUGUUACUGGGUCGUUGUUGCAGGCUCAGUCGUUGGCUGCUUUUAGCACACCAGCUAUGGGCUGCAGUUUGUAUAUUCUUGGCAAUGAUGGUGUUCCUAUUCCACAAAAUGAGCCAGGGGUUGGUGAAUUGGCGCUUGAUCCCGUCAUGUUUGGAGCUUCUAGUACAUUACUGAAUGCUAAUCAUUAUGACGUUUAUUUCAAGGGAAUGCCAAUUUGGAAUGGAAAGGUGUUAAGGAGGCAUGGAGAUGUGUUUGAACGGACAUCUAGAGGUUACUAUCAUGCGCACGGUCGUGCAGAUGAUACAAUGAAUAUUGGGGGCAUCAAGGUUAGUUCGGUUGAGAUUGAACGAAUCUGUAAUGCAGUUGAUAACAAUGUUCUCGAGACAGCUGCGAUUGGAGUGCCGCUUGCUGGAGGCGGGCCUGAGCAGCUAGUAAUUGCCGUCGUAUUCAAGAACUCAGAUAACCCAACUGCAGACUUGAAUCAGUUGAGAAUGUCCUUCAAUUCAGCCGUGCAGAAGAAAUUAAAUCCGUUGUUCAAGGUUUCCAAAGUUGUGCCUCUCCCGUCUCUUCCAAGAACAGCAACAAAUAAGGUCAUGCGAAGGAUUUUGCGGCUGCAGUUUGCUCAACUCGACCAAGGUCCUAAGCUGUGACAAUGGGGUGCUCCUCCGUGUAAAGGCGGUGCCACGCGUCACGGUCCAGACUUUGUAGCGCAGCGGAAUAUGAACCGCGCAGCGCCAUAGACUGUUGAAUUACAUGCGGCCCUCGAUAUCAAGCAUGUUGCACCAACAGAAAGAAGAAAUAAAUUUGAUGUACAAAGAUUGUCUCAGCUCUACAUUGUUGUACAAUCGUUUUACUGCACUGUUGCAAUUUAAUAUCUGAGCAUUUUCGUCGAUGGAAAUAGCGUAAUUCUCAGUUGAUUUUUAUUUUACUA